GUACUACAUUACCCAGAACGCUCCACCAAAGGAGGUGUAAAGAACUGCCCUUUGGCCUACCUGAGCGCAGACUACGGGUUGCUUUGGUAACAAAUAAGAACGAAAUUUCUUCUUUAUUUCCUCGGUAGCCAACAGUCUUCGGGCAGCAGGUUACUCCUGGCCAGUUAAUAUGACUUCUUUGAAUGGAGUUUGCAGAUUGUUACUUGUGGAUGAACCAAAAUGACUGUGAAGCUGCCCUUUCUUCUUUUUGUGACAUCUGUGCCCUUGGCUCUUGCCACAGGGAUUAAGCAAAAAAGGACAGCAGCCUUACAAGCCUUUGAUAUAUCCUGUGUGGACCCAGAUCGCUUUUACAGUCACACUCUGUGGAUCCAACAACAUUUUAGUUAAACAUUUGGUUAAAGAUUUGUUUUGCCUAUUGGAUAAGCAGAGCCUCCAGCUACUGCAAACUACCUCAGCUUUUAAUGUUGAUUGGAGCAAAGACUGUCAUCCACUUAACCUCAGUGCUUCAGGAUGCCAACACAGCACACUGCACAACAAAACUUCCUAUCUCUCCUUUGAGCACAUAGAGGCUGAGGAUUCAGGCAAUUAUACCUGCACACUCUACUUGAAUGAACAGAGAAACGCCUCCUUCACUAUUUGGCUGGUCAUGGCAGAUCUUUGCAGUGUGCUACCCAAAUUCCUCUACCCUUCUAAUAAUGUGACUUUGGAGCACACUUUAGGGAGCCAGUUAACAUUGAACUGCACUGUGCAGCUGCCCUUUAGCCAGAACUGUGACCUUGCCCUUUACUGGAUGAAAGAUGACCAGUGGUUAGAUGGUAAUACCACCCAAUGGUUCAAUGACAAUGCAACAGAGAUAUUUGUCUCCAGCGCUUUGGAUGUGAAUGUGACUACUGAUGAGAAUUAUGGAGAUUUUGCCUGCUUGGUUAGAAACAGCACAGCAGUUUUCACACUGCAAAAAUCAGCAGAGGCUGCUGGGCACUUGGGUGCUGUGCUAGCUGCAUUCAUCAUCCUGACAUUAUUGAUACUAAUGAGCGUGACAUAUGUGAAGUGUCGUCUGAAUGUGCUGCUGUGGUACAGGAACCGUUAUGGCGAUCUGGAGAUUAAUGAUGGCAAGCUCUAUGAUGCCUAUGUGUCUUACGCUAACUCAACAGAUGACAGAAAAUUUGUGAACUUCAUAAUGAAACCACAGCUGGAAAAUCGUUAUGGUUACAAACUCUUCCUAGAUGAUAAAGAUAUCCUUCCCAACUCAGAGCCUUCUGCAGAUCUGAUAAUGAAUGUCAGCCGGUGUCGUCGCCUCAUUGUCGUUCUUUCUAAUGCUUACCUGGAACAGGAAUGGUGCAACAGUAAUUUCAGGGAAGGUCUGUGGAGACUGUUGGAACUGUCUCAGAGGCCAAUCUUUGUUGCCUUCGAGAGCCAGUACCGGGAAAUAGCACAUCCAGCCAUUGAUUUGCUGAAGCAGCACAAGAACACGGUGACUCUGCUGAUAUGGUGUGCUGGUUCCAUGAUGCCUUCAUCUGAUUUCUGGAAGGAACUGUGCCUUGCCCUGCCACGGAAAGUGUCCUGUAGAGGACUCAGAGGAGACCCCCAAACCCACCUCCAGGAAGAUAAGGACCCUAUGUUGGUUAUCCACAGCAACUACCUGGAUUUCCGAAGGGAAUCUCACACUGAGGGAGACACUGGUGUCCGAGGUCCUAUUUUCAAAGGACCACCACCUCCUCGAAUGACUGGCUCUGAUGGUCCUCCAUUUGGUACGCUGGAAGAAGUGCAGCUUGGAGAAAAUCAAAGGAAUGAGAUAGACAUUUCUGAUUUGGGAUCUCGCAACUAUGGAGCAAGGACAGACUUCUACUGCCUUGUGACAGAAGAUGACAUAUAAGAGAUUCCGGAGUAAUUUCUAUGCACCUGACCAUCUUUAUUAGCGUGAUGUUCCCUAACAAGAAUAAUCUGCUUGGCUAAUUUCUUUAAACCAAUCUCCUCCCUGACUCCCCCCAACCCCAAUGCUGUGAUUGCUGAAGGGAGUAUUAACUAAUCUUGGGGGAUAUCUGGCUGUUUUCAGACAAUAGUAAUAUUUAUACGAUGACCAUCUUGUGUUUUUAAAACUGUUUAAAAAUCAAGGAGAAUUUUCAGGGAGGAAAGGUUGACUUGAAUGCUAGUGUGGGAAAUUCUCAAAUGUUAUUGGCUUAGAGGGCCAUCCGGCUGGGAUUUAUCUUUGCAUCCGGAUGGGCAGGCUCCAUCUUCAUUGCUAUCAUCUGUGGAAAGGCUCUGUAGUUACAGAAACUGGUACCUAUGACUGGCUAGCAUUGAGGCCUGCCAGGGCAAAGACCCUGGCUUUUGUUUUAAAGCAACACCUAUAGCUUGGAGACAACAUUUCAGACAAUGCUCUCCUGAAUGAGCAACUGAAAAUCUAAAUGAAAGACAGCAAUGACAUGAAUUCCCUUGUGCAGUCUGAAUUUUCUUACUAUGUAUACGUUGCCUUAAAGACUGAUUGUAAUCAUGUUUGCCUGGGAGCGAGUGCCAUACUGUUUUGUUUCUGAGUUAAGUUUGGGCUUCCAGCUUUAAUUGUUCCUGGUACCGUUAGGUGGAGAAUGCUGAGGGAAGGACUGGUGACUGAUGCCUCAAGAAAAGCAUGGCACCCAGCUCAGAGGCCCUGAGAAACAGUGGUAUGGGAAAUCUAGAAUUGUGGUGCAAGGUCAAGUAUUACUUUAUGGCCCAAUUAGCAUAAUAGCAAAAGUGUCCUUUGAAAAAGUAACAUUAGAAAACAUUGGCACAGGGUCCAUUAGGAUCCUGUGCCAACUUGCUGUCUUCAGAUCAGGCCCUAUAUCUGUCCCUUGCAGGAGUGAUACGAGCACAUCAACAGACCUUCUCUUGGGCUGCAUUUAACCAUGGUGGUUCACUGCCUGAUCAGUCCACAUGGCAGCCAUCCUCCUUUUUUUAAACGAAUGAAUGUAAUUAAAGUUUUAUCACUAUAA